CCGGCUUGCAUAGCUCUCUCUAUCCCACAAACUGCCAGUACAACACAGCACAACCUUCAAUCAAAACUCUACUCUACUCCUAGCACAAUGCUUCCCAAGACCCUGCUCGCUAUCCUCACCACCCUUGCGGCAACGCAGGCCUCCCCGGUGGAAAAGCGCGCCGUCGUCCCUCACGACAGCAUCGCUCCCUUCCCCGAGACCGUCCCCAACGACGCCAUCGGCAACACCUUCAAGAAAUUCCAGCCCUACCUGCACAUCGCGCACGGCUGCCAGUCCUACCCAGCUGUCGCUGCCAACGGCGACACCAGCGGAGGCCUGCAAGACACCGGCAGCGCUACCGGCGGUUGCCGCGACCAAUCCCGCGGGCAGACCUACGUGCGUGGAGGCUGGUACAACGGCCGCUACGGCAUCAUGUACGCCUGGUACAUGCCCAAGGACAUGCCGUCCAGCGGUGUCUCGACGGGCGCCCACCGCCACGACUGGGAGAACGUGGUGAUCUGGGUCAACAACCCCAGCAACGCCAACCCGACCCUGCUCGGAGGCGCCGCUUCCGGCCAUGGAAAAUACAAGAAAACCCACACUCCCCCGCAGCAGGGAGGCCGUCCCAAGGUUGAGUACUUCACCAACUUCCCCACCAACCAUGAGUUGCAGUUCACCGAGACCCUGGGCCGGGAUGUGGCCCUCGUCGCGUGGGAUUCGUUGCCCGUGGCGGCUCGGCAGGGAUUGGAGAGCGCGGACUUUGGCAAGGCGACGGUGCCGUUCAAGGAUGCUACCUUUAUGAACAACUUGGCGAAGGCGGCGCUGUAAAUGUGCGAUUCGGGCUUGGGAGAGGUCUUGAUUCAGAUUGUAUAUAAGCUGGGAAGUCACGAACAUCAUGUUGUUAUAUUGUAUCAUGUCUGUGACCGUGAAAAACAUUCUCAGAGGGGAUAUCCAAUAAUGGGUUCCCCUGAUUUAC